AUGCAGAUUCCUCCCCAACAACCUCAUAGACACGGUCCAUUGCACCAAACCAACAAAUUGCACAAAGGCGGUCGACAUGAGAAGAGAUCAAGUGUUACAAAUGCGCUCGGAAUUAAAUCGCUAGUAAAACCAGUCUCAAGAGUGAAACGUGAAGAUAGAUUAAAUCAAGCUGGUCAGAGUAGAAAACUUAAGCGCGAGAGAGUUAUUGAAGAGAAGAGGAAACUUGGUACAGAAAAUCAUCCUCCUCUCAAUGUAGGCGUUCUGAAUAUUAGUAACAAUUCUUGCAAAGCCUUUUUUAAGGGGAUUGAAAGUCAAGAUGAUACCGUGCUCAAGGCUAGAAAAAUCAAUGAUAGAUCCCUGUAUGUCCUUUCCAAUCGUUUAAGAAUGAGAUUUAGACUCAUUGCUCUGGAUGCUACAAACUUUGACGAGACCAUUGAUAUUAUCAAAAGCCUGGAUUUUUUAAUCUUACUGAACUCAGUUGAUCAUAUUGAUGAGUAUGAUAACUAUUGUGCUUCUAAACUCAAUCGAGCCAUCACCAUACAUUGUCUACCAACUAUCAUUCAUGUUGUAGAAGAUAAUUCACUCGAUAAAGAUACUAGCUCGUCAAAAAAAUUCUUAAAUGCAAAAAGAAUUCUUCGAUCGAAGAUAAAAGACGACAAAAUACACUGUAUUGAGCGUCCGCAAGAUUAUCAACAACUCCUCCACAUAUUAGGCAAUAGCAAAAGGCUGCGAUCACAAUUCAAAGAGGCUCGAUCUACUAUAGUACCUGAUAAUGUUGAACUUGAGGAUAAUUCUCUCACAUUUACCGGAUUUGUUCGAAAGCGUAUAUUAAGUCCGAAUGACCUUAUACAUAUUACUGGCUACGGGGACUAUCAAAUUAAGCAAAUAGAUGUUUUACCUGAUAUAGUGGCAUUGCGACCCACUUCGGUUGAAAGUCCCAAGGUUGUGCAAACGCUUUUGCCAGAUCCAAUGCAACAAGAGACUCUCGAGCAGGAAAAUGAAAUUGAUCCAAUGGAAGGAGAACAAACUUGGCCAACUGCUGAUGAACUAGCAGCUGAAGUGGAACGUCGUAAUACUAAAAAAGUGGUUAAGAAACUACCACCUGGAACUUCUGAGUAUCAAGGUGCUUGGAUACCCGAAGACUCUGAUGGGGAUUAUUCUGAUGUUUCUAGUGAUGAAGAUGGCGACACUACGAUGAAAGAAAUUAUGGAAGACGAUGUAGAUGACGAUGAGGAAAGCCAAUCAGAAGAUGAGAUGGAACUUCAACAAUCAGGUACAAAUGAUGAUAGAGAGUCAAUAAUGGACGUAGAAGAUUAUGAUAAAAGUCAUUCAAGAGAUAAAGAGCAAAAAAUCUUGGGAAAACUAAGAGAAGCUAGACUAGAUGAGAUGUUUCCGGACGAAAUCGACACGCCGGCAGAUACUCCUGCGCGUGUAAGAUUUGCGAAAUACCGAGGUUUGAAGAGUUUUAGAACCUCUCAAUGGGACCCGCAAGAGAACUUGCCCCCUGAUUAUAGUAAAAUCUUCCAAUUUCAAAACUUUCAGCAUACUAAAAGACGUGUUCUAAGCGAUCUUCCAACAGAAGGUGUCAAUCCAGGACAGUACGUUCGAGUACACUUAAAAGAUGUUUCUGGUGAGAUAGCUGCUGAUAUUCUCAAGAAGAGCGUUUUACCAACUCUUUUUGGACUGCUCAAAUAUGAACGAAAGAUGACAGUGAUGAAUAUAUUGAUUAAAAGGCUCUCAGACAGCACUACAAGCUACCCCAUCAAGUCAAAAGAUGAGCUUAUAUUUUAUGUUGGCUUCAGAAAAUUUAAAGCCAGACCAUUGUUCACCGCGCAUAGUGCUUCUCCCAAAUUCAAAUAUGAACGCUUUUUACGUGAUGAUAUUGCGAUGGUGGCUACUGUUUAUUCACCCAUCACAUUUCCUCCUGCACCUGUUCUCGUAUUCCGAGAAGGCUAUAAAGGAGAGAAGGAUUUAGUAGCCUCUGGUUCGGUUUUGGAUGCCAAUCCCAGCCGUCUAAUCAUAAAACGUAUUCGACUUAGCGGACAUCCAUUCAAAAUUCACUCAAAAUCAGCAGUGAUCCGAUUCAUGUUCUUCAACGGUGAGGAUGUAACAUACUUCAAGCCGGUCGAGUUGACAUCUAAAUACAAUCGACGAGGCCAUAUCACAGAGCCACUCGGAACUCACGGACAUAUGAAGUGCCUCUUCGAUAAAAGAAUACGCUCGGAUGAUUGUGUAUUUAUGAACCUGUACAAGAGAGUUUUCCCUAAGUGGAUCUAUUUGCCGAUAUAUGAUUUGUGA